AUGUCUGCUGAAGACUAUAAUACGGCGACCGUAGAGCGCGCCGCUGCCGCCCUGUUGAAUGUUGGUAAUUCUGGGUGGGUGGGAACGGCGCCAGCGUGGCCCGCUGCCAGCGGCUGGGUCACCAAGCAUUACAAGCCGCCUGCAGCGCCCGCCUGCUAUCAGCAGGGCGAGCGCGGGGGCGUUCGCGAGAAACAGGGUGCGUGGCGGUCCCACAACAAGUACGGCCUGCUGGAGUGCCGCUCUUCAUUACCCGACGGCUCAAAUGCGUCGCCGGCCGGCGCCACCGCCGGAUGGCCGCCACCGCCGCCGCCGCCGCCGACGCCGCCCCCGCCUGUCCGCGGCCGGAAGGACGGCGUCGCCCCCGGCUUCGAAAUAACGAGCGCGCAUUGUGGGACGGCAGCGGCUGUCAAAGCUGCCACGGCCGCUGACGGUAUUGUGCCGGGCGGCGCGCGCUGCACCCCGAGUCCAGCGGGCGCUGUCUCCGCCCCCUGCUAA